UGCCCCAUCACCUUCAUGCAUAAAACAUGGCACAGGAGGCCGGGACAGGCUCCGCCAGGCAGCCCAGCGUGGCAGCUGCCUUCGGGCCAGUUGGGAGUUAAAGGAAGAAAAGGAAAGGCAAGUUACAAGAUAAAAGAAGACAACGGAAGCCUCAGAUAUAAAAAAAGAGAAGAGGGCUUUUUUUUUUUUUUUAAUUUUUAGUCUGUCGUUGACUUCCUGUAUCGCUGUGAGACUUUUUGUUCCCCAGCCAUGAGGAGGUAUUAGAUCCUCACUUUGGGACCAUGGUGUUACCCUCGCGACUGCACUGGAUCAGAAACAGGCCAUGGAGGGACAGGAUCCGGAGGCGGCAGCUCAACCGACUACCAUCCAGACCCCCAGAAAUCAUGUUGGUAGGAUCCCAGUCCUUCUCGCCUGGAGGGCCCAAUGGGAUCAUCAGGAGCCAGUCCUUUGCUGGGUUCAGCGGCCUUCAGGAGAGGCGAUCCAGAUGUAACUCCUUCAUUGAAAAUCCCUCUGCUCUCAAGAAGCCUCAGGCCAAACUGAAGAAAAUGCACAAUCUAGGACACAAAAACAACAGUCCUCCCAAAGAGCCUCAGCCCAAAAGGGUGGAAGAGGUCUACCGGGCCUUGAAAAACGGACUUGACGAGUAUCUGGAGGUUCACCAGACUGAGCUGGACAAGUUGACAGCUCAGUUAAAAGAUAUGAGAAGAAACUCUCGCCUGGGUGUGCUGUAUGACCUGGACAAGCAAAUUAAGACGAUUGAAAGAUACAUGAGACGCCUGGAGUUUCACAUUAGUAAGGUCGAUGAACUCUAUGAAGGUUAUUGUAUCCAAAGACGCCUCCAAGAUGGUGCCAGCAAAAUGAAGCAAGCCUUUGCAACUUCCCCUGCCAGCAAAGCUGCCCGGGAGAGCCUGUCGGAGAUCAGCCGGAGCUACAAAGAGUACACAGAGAACAUGUGCACCAUUGAAGCAGAGCUGGAGAAACAGCUGGGGGAGUUCUCCAUCAAGAUGAAAGGUCUGGCUGGCUUUGCUCGCCUCUGCCCUGGUGAUCAGUAUGAAAUUUUCAUGAAGUAUGGCCGACAGAGGUGGAAACUGAAAGGCAGAAUCGAAGUAAACGGCAAACAGAGCUGGGAUGGAGAAGAAGUGGUGUUCCUGCCCCUGAUAGUUGGAUUAAUCUCCAUCAAGGUCACGGAGCUCAAAGGGCUGGCGACUCACCUCCUGGUUGGCAGCGUGACCUGCGAGACCAAAGAGCUGUUUGCAGCCCGACCUCAGGUGGUGGCUGUGGACAUCAAUGACCUUGGCACCAUCAAACUGAACCUGGAAAUCACCUGGUAUCCAUUUGAUGUGGAGGACAUGACCCCGUCCUCGGGCGCUGGGAACAAGGCGGCGGCCCUCCAGAGAAGAAUGUCCAUGUACAGCCAGGGCACCCCGGAGACGCCCACCUUCAAAGAUCACUCCUUCUUCAGAUGGUUGCAUCCCUCACCAGACAAGCCAAGGCUGUCUGUCUUGAGUGCCUUGCAAGACUCUUUCUUUGCCAAGCUGCACCGCAGUCGCUCUUUCAGUGACCUGCCCUCCCUCAGGCUGAGACCCAAGGCCGUGCUAGAGUUUUAUUCGAAUCUACCUGAUGACACCUUUGAAAACGGGAAGGCCACUGAGGAGAAGAUGCCACUGUCCUUCAGCUUCAGCGACCUGCCCAACGGGGACUGCACCCUGACCCCCAACCCCGCCGGCUCUGUCCCCACCGUUGGCUCAGCAAAUCCAGAAAUUACCAUCACCCCUGCUGAGCUGAACUGUGGCAGCCUUUCCUCCCAGAACGGGGGCAUGGAUGACUCCAGCUCAGCCUCUUCCAGAAACUCCUCAGGAGAUGGUCCAGAGCCCAAGCCACAGGUGGAGGAAGACACAGAGGGACCAGGACAACCGCAGGCCUGCCGAGCAUCCACGGGCCCCAGGGCUGAGCGCCUGUUUCUAGAGAAGGACGUCGCGGAGGCCCUUCUGCAAGAGUCCGAUGAGGCCUCUGAGCUCAAGCCCGUGGAAUUGGACACUUUUGAAGGAAACAUCACGAAACAACUGGUUAAGAGGCUCACCUCGGCAGAGGUGCCAGUAGCUGCAGAGAGGCUGCUCUCUGAGGGCUCUGUCAGUGGCGAGUCCGAAGGCUGUAGAUCCUUCCUAGAUGGAAGCUUAGAGGAUGCCUUCAAUGGGCUUUUCCUUGCAUUAGAACCACAUAGAGAGCAGUAUAAAGAGUUUCAGGAUCUGAACCAAGAAGUCAUGCACUUGGAUGAUAUUCUAAAAUGCAAGCCAGCAGUCAGCCGAAGCAGGUCUUCCAGUUUAAGUCUUACAGUUGAAAGUGCUUUAGAAAGCUUUGAUUUCCUGAACACCUCUGAUUUUGACGAGGAGGAGGAGGAGGAUUGUGAUGAGGUUUGUAAUGUUGGAGGAGGUCCUGACUCAGUAUUUUCAGACACUGAGACUGAGAAAAAUAGUUACAGAUCAGUACACCCGGAAGCCCGCGGGCAUCUCAGUGAGGCGCUGACUGAGGACACGGGAGUGGGGACCAGCGUGGCAGGAAGCCCUCUCCCGCUGACCUCAGGGAACGAGAGCCUGGACCUCACCAUCGUCAGGCACCUCCAGUACUGCACCCAACUCGUCCAGCAAAUUGUUCUCUCAAGCAAAACCCCAUUUGUGGCAAGAAACCUCUUAGAGAAGCUUUCGAGGCAAAUCCAAGUGAUGGAGAAACUGUCUGCUGUCAGUGAUGAGAACAUAGGAAACAUCAGUUCUGUCAUUGAAGCCAUUCCAGAAUUUCACAAAAAGCUGUCUCUGCUGUCAUUCUGGACCAAGUGCUGCAGCCCCAUUGGGGUCUACCACAGCUCAGCGGACAGAGUGAUUAAGCAGCUUGAAGCCAACUUUGCCAGAACCGUCAACAGGGACUAUCCAGGACUGGCCGACCCAGUGUUUCGAACCCUGGUGUCUCAAAUCCUGGACCGGGCCGAGCCCCUGCUUACCUCCAGCCUCUCCUCUGAAGUCAUCACUGUUUUCCAGUAUUAUGGUUACUUCACCAGCCAUGGUGUGAGUGACCUCGAGAGUUACUUGAACCAGCUGGCCAAGCAAGUUUCCAUGCUUCAGACUCUGCAGUCACUAAGAGAUGAAAAACUGCUCCAGGCCAUGAGCGACCUCACGCCCAGCAGCCUCCCGGCCCAGCAGGAGAUCCUCAGGACUCUGGCUCUGCUCUUAACUGGCGAUGACAGUGAAGUUAGUGAGGCUGUGAUGCUUUACUUGGCAGCAGCCUCCAGAAACGAGCAUUUCAGGGAAAAGGCCUUGCUCUAUUACUGUGAAGCACUGACAAAGACUAACCUCCAGCUCCAGAAGGCAGCUUGCUUGGCCCUGAAAAGCCUGAAGGCUACUGAAAGCAUUAAAAUGCUAGUGACAUUGUGUCAGUCUGAUACUGAAGAAAUCAGGAAUGUGGCCUCAGAAACCCUCUUGUCUCUUGGAGAAGAUGGGCGGCUGGCCUAUGAACAGCUGGACAAAUUUCCUCGAGACUGUGUUAAAGUUGGAGGUCGUCACGCAAGUGAAGUUGCCACGGCCUUUUAGCUGCCAGUUAACUCUGCCUAACAGCUGUCUUAAUAAAUGGCCCUGUUAACCAAGAUGGUGCUUUGAUUUAGCUGGAAACUGUUGAAGUUGUCUGGAAAUUUAACAUGUUACAGAAGGAAUUCAAAGUCCAGUUUCACAGUACCUAUCUACUUUUCCUUUAGCCAACAGAACAGGGCUAUGUAUAUUUCAGUAGAUUACGUUGUUGACUGCAUCUGAGGACACUUAGUAAAAGAGUCCGUCUUAUCUAGUAUGUAUGGAAUUUUAAAACAGCCAUCGUUGUACCUUUUUGGAAGCUCUUCUAUAAGCUUGAAAUAGUCUUGUGAUAAUUUGAUAAAUAUCAUACGCCUUGCAGUUUUUCCUCUGUCGUGUUCUCCAGGUUGAGUGGCCCCCUUAGCUACCUGGUUUUACCUUAAAUGUAAAGUACAAAAAAGGAUUUCUUCAAACAAAAUUUUGCCUGCAGAACCUGGUGAAGGGACACAUUGUAAGAGUUUAAUUUUUUUCAAUUUCAUUUUUUCAAGCUUCCACUAUUGUUUUUGUUUCUUUUGUCAAUCUUGAAAAUUCCAAAGGCAUGUUUCCAUUACGGUAAAAAAAAAAAAGGGUAGAUGACCAAGAACCACCUUAUUAAGAUUAUACUUGCACUCAUCUAAAACAAGAUGUUCAAGGCAGGGAGGGUAUGGCUCAGUGGCAGAGUGCUUGCUUAGUAUGCAUGAGGUCCUGGAUUCAAUCCCCGGUAACUCCCCUAAAAAAAAAAAGGAAGAAAGAAAGAAAAAAGAAAUAUAACCAAGUGUAGCAUGUGGCUCUUCAAUCCCCAUACCUCAGUUAAAAAUAAAGAAAUAAAAAUAAAUAUACCUAAUUACCUCCCCCAGCCCAAAAGAAGAUACUCAAAACUUAAGGGAUUUUUUUUGUUUAAACAAGAGCCAUUUUUUAAUGACACUUUCACAGUAGAGGCAUUUUGUUGCUAAGACAAAUCAAAAUCAAAAGUUUUCAGAAAGCUGUGAUGCUCCUUAAGGUAGAAAAAUAUAGAAGUUGGAGGAAUCUUGAUGGGUUGAAAGCAGAGAGUCAUUAAAAGUGGUCCUUACCAUGAGGUUGGGAAGAAGAAUGCCCUGAACGAUGGCUACUGCCCCAGAGAAACAAUAAAUCACUAGAUAAGAUCCCUUGGCCAGACAGUUAAAACAACAGCUUCCAUUACUGCUUCCGUAUCAGGUAGCAAGUCCUUUAAAUAAAGUACAGUCCAUUCAGUAGCUCUCAUUAAAUAACUUUUCUUCCUCUUAAGAGUGUACAAGGUGGGAUAUGCCAGGCUAUCAAAAUAAUACGUUUGAGUGUAAUUUAAACUGUGGAAUAUCAACUGUUCUCUGAAUGUGUUUGUAUAAAAUAUCAUUUAGAUGUCAUUUGAAAUAUUUGCAUUUUAGCAAGAUCUUUAAAAACAACUCUUAUUUCAUUUUGAAGUGAAUAUUGUUUGUUGGGCUUCCUGGCAAAUAAGUUCUUUGAACUGUGAAGUUACAAUGUACAUAUAUUUGUAUAUUUAUAAAUAUUAUAUAUACGCAUAUAUCUUUCAUUUUAAAGGUACAUUGUACAGUCUAUAGUUAGUAUGUAUAGACUAUAGUCUCUGUUAAAUGGCUGAAGUAGUUCUUUUUAUAGAAAGUCAAAUCACAAGUGUUAACAGAGUUGUUUGUUUUGUUGUUUGGGUUUUUUUUAUUUUUUGAAUAUUGCAUGAGUAAUUAAGUCCGUAUCUUUUGUAUUCACUUCUGCAUUUUAUUUUUUGGUUGAAGGGGGUGCUUUUAGUUUUGUGGCAUUUGUAUUCAUCACUCUUUCAAUCAUCUAAGUUAAAAUAAAAAUUAUUUUUGAA